AUGGGGGUCACCCUGGCGGUCUGGGUGGAGGGCGCGUCUGGAACGGGCGGCCUCGUGCACGUCGGGUCGCGGGAGCACCUGGACGUCGAGGUGGCGGCGCUCUCGCGGGUCGCGAGGGUGGCGUUCAGGCGUGCGGGCGACGCUCGGAUGUUCGUGCUCCCCGCCGGCAUGGUCCUGACCCUGGGGAGCGAGGCGGCCGCGCCUCACGACGGCGACGAGCCGGGCAGCGCGCUCUCCGUGGACGUGGGCGACGUGCACUGCUCCGCGCGGCUGGAGGCGCCGGGCGCCGAGCGGGGCAGCGGCUGCGCGUCCUGGCCGCUGCUGCCGGGGCCGCUGCUGUGGCGGCUGCCGAGGAACGGCUCGGACACGGAGCUCACGGUGGGCUCCGUCCUGCGGAUGAGGCAGGGCGACAUCACGCUGAAGGUGGUCAGCAGCCGCGGCACCGACUGGCGCGGCUGCCCGAUGGCCCGGGUGCGCGUGGUGGAGGGCGGGCUGCAGGCCGGCAAGUAUUUCACGGGCGGCUCGAUGUAUCUUGCGAAGAUCGUGCCCAGCAAGCGGGCGGCGAAGGAGGCCGCCGCCGCCCACAAGCGCGUGGGCGGCGGGUUGCUGGGGAGCGUGCGGCAGCUGGUGCGCCUGGAGGGCUUCUGGCAGGUCGAGACAGGUGCUUGGCUGGUCAUUAUGGAGGACUUUGGCGAGACCGCUCGCGAGUUCUUCGGCCGCGGGCGUUUGCUGUCGGCAGAGGACGCGGACCGCUGCGCCGCAGACUUGCUCGCAGGGGUGGCUGCGAUGCACCAGCACAGCCUGUACCACCUGGCCUUGUCGCCCAUCAGCGUGCACCUCGGCCGCGACGGGCUCGGGCGGCUGCGGCUGAAGCUGGCCAACCUCGGCGUGGCCGAGUGCCCGUCACAGCCGCUGCCGCGGAACUACACGCCUCCGCAGGGCUUCCUCGCCCCCGAGCUCGCCGCGCCGCGGAGGCUGCGCGCCGUGGCGGAGGCGUCCGUCGAAGGCCUGGGCCCGGGCGGGAAGAAGGAGGCGCCCGGCGAGCUCGCACGGCUGACGGCCAUGCUGGCGGAGAUGAGCGCCCAGCUGGGGCCCCUGGAGUCGCUGCCGCUGCUCCCGUCGCUGCGGCCGCGCGGUCGCGGGCCGCAGUCGGACGCGGCAGGCCCGGCCGCGGGCGCGGAGGAGGCCGAGCGGCUCGCGAGGCGGGAGCGGCUGCAGCUGCUGCGCGAGUUCGAGAUGUUCCUGGAGCUGCCGCGCGCGAGCCUCGACCGCCUGGCUCGCGAGUUCGAGGGCCCCUUCCAGGUGCCGGCGGGGCGCGUGCUGUUUCGGACCGGUGACUACUUGUACUUUGUGCUCGCCGGGGCCAUCGUCACGUGGCGCGGCCGCGGCCGCGAGCUCUCCCGCUACAGGCGCGGGGACUUCCUGGGCGAGGCCGCGCUGCUGGGCUCCACGCCCUCGAGGCGGAUCUUCACCGCCUCGACCCGGCGCGGGGAGGGCGGCUGCGCCGUGCUCCGCAUGAGGCACUCUCGGGUGCUGCCAGAGAGCCCGCUCGUCGCGCUCGUGGCGCCCGCCCGCUGGCGCUUCCUCUCGGACACGCGCGUGCCCCUCGGGGAGCCGCGGGCGGCAGACGUCUUUGCCGCGGGCGCCCUGUGGGUGGAGCUGGUGUCCACGCGGGGGGGCUCGUCGCUGCGCGUGCGCCGGGCGGCGAGCGUGGAGGAACUGCGGACGCUCGUGUCGUCGUUCGACAUCGGGAACUUCUACUUCACCGUGCAGGAGCGGCGCAUCGUGGCGCUCAUCACGCUGCUGCUGCGCCGGGCCUCCCCGGGCGAGGCACUCCGGUGCCUGGAGGAGGCCGGCGGCAGCGGCGGGGGCGCCACGGAGGCGGGCCGCCCCGGGCACUCCCACAGGGAGCGCCCGGAGGGCCCCGGCGAGCGCCCCCCGGGCGGAGGGCCCCUCGCGGCCGCGGCCUCGGCGUGGGACGCACUGCAGGGCAACCUGCGGUCCGCCUUCGAGCUCACGCCCGCCUCGGAGGCGGCGUCCGACGCGGUGCUCCUCGGCGCUCGUGCGCGGCAGAGUUUCCAAGACCAGGUGGACCGCCUGUUCAACGACGUCACCUACCGGCGAGGUCAGCUCUACGGCGAGAUCCUGGGCGACAUCUACGGCGGCCUCUUCGCAAAGGACCUGCUCUGGAUGUUCCGUGAGCCCUCGCGCACGCCCAAGUUCCCGGUGUUGCUCGUGAGGGACGCCGAGAUGGGCAGCCUGCCCGCGCGAUGGUACAUCGCCGCGCUCGCCGUCUUCGAGAGCGAGCUAUGCCGCCGGACGCUGCCGCAGGGCGGCUUCGAGAUUGGGGCCGCCGUGGGGCGCAACCGGGCGGUGAACUUCAAGAGGCUCUGGAUCGAUGCGUUCCUGGGCUCCUUCGUGAAGAGGCUGCGCGUGCUGGUGCGCAUCAGGCUGCAGCGCGCGAAGGGCUCGGAGGUGGGCUGGGAGAACCUGCGGGGUGCGCUCAAGGACGCGGUGCUGAAAGGCCAGUCUGCGCGGCGGCAGGUGCUGCUCCGCAAGGGGGCCCUGCCGACCACCGUCGACCAGAACGCGCCGGCCGUCCUGUCCAUGCUGCCCGACCAGUGGGUCCCCGACAUCGGGCUCCAUUCGCCAGCGGCAUCGGCCGGGGCUUCUUCUCCCGCCUGCGGCGCGGCUUCCGCAGGGGGCGCAGGCGGCGGCACGUGCGGCCGCGGUUCGAGACCUGGGACCUGGAGGACGUGCCGAGCUUCGUCCUGGACUACGCCCGCGAAGGAAUCUGGCAGUCGGGGGUCGUCGCCGCCGCCGUGGGCGACACGAUCGCCCGGGACCUGGGCAUGA